GAAAAUUUUAUGAAUUUACUUUGUUGUUUCGACUUACUCGGAAGUCUUCUUCAGGGAACGUACGACGCUUUAAAGAUAAAUUUAAUUGCUUAUCGUCACAGUGCUUUGUUUCGCACUGCAGGCUGCAGAGCCUGUGAAGACAUUGGUGUGGGUGGAGGUGGGGGUGGAGAUACUUGUGGCAAGAGACAUCUUCUUCACAGUCUCCAGGCCUAUGACAAAGUUAAUCUUGUGAGGAGUGAACACUUCCUCUCUUGCUAAGACUAUAACUGCACUGAAUGCAGCCACUUAUCUCAGACAGCACCAUUGUCUCUUGCCACUUUUAUUCUACUAUCUCUGCAGAAUCUCUGAAGAUGUUGGUGUGAGUAGAAGUGAGAACAGUAAAUGAACGACAUAGUGCAACAGCCACCAGAUACAAGUAGAUUCGGGCUCUGAAGGAAAGAUUACUGGAUGUAUAUGAAGAAAGUGCUGAGUUGUAAUUCUAGCAGCUAGUAAGCAAGAUGGAUCUCAGAACUAAAAAUCAUCACAACUUUUAAGAAGGAUGUAAGAACUAGCUGGAAACUGUGGCAUCAUAGAAGAAUUAUUGAGAAAAUUAUGGGUUAAUAGAUUGCUGGCCAGCAGUAGAUCAGUGCUAGUGGUGAAUGGUGAUACUAAGCUGGAAAAUUUUGCAGAAAUAGAGAAUCUAGUAGCUGUAUCUGAAUAGAGCAAAGACGGCAGUAGAUUAAGAAAAGCAAUUCAGUCAUCAAUUGAAGUUACACAGUUGAGAAGUGAAAUUAAUAAAUUAAAAUCAUGAGAGUGUACUUAUGACAAAGCUCAGGGAUUCGGAUUAGGUAAUUGGUAUAGAAGAAGAUUGAAAAGUAGACCUAGAUCAUAGUGCACGCUAGUCAGCCCAGAUUGGUUAUAUACAUAUACAGUUACUGUUUUACUAAUUAAGCAAUUGAAUGUAUAGAACUGUGUAGUUGAAGAAGCAAACAAAUCAAGGAAAUUAGGUAUUAUCUUACUUAGGUUAGCAGCAGUGGGUGACUGUACAGCAAGGAAUAACUGACUCCUGGAGAAAGACCUGUAAAUUAUCUAAUUAGUGGGCACUGGGGAUAAUGUAUGUUUUUCUGAAGCAACCCCACAGAAGAGCUCCAGCUGUCAAACAAGUCUCCUCGACCUCUCUGAUGAUGUACUACUCUACAUCCUCUGGUACUGUUCACCCAUGGACCUGAAGGCUCUUGGAUUCACAUGCAAUCGUUUGGGGCUCUUAGUCCGGGACCGCACGCUGUGGACGCGCGUGGACGCGCGCGCGCAGCCCUGCGGCGCGGACAGACUGCGCUGGCUGCUCAGCUACGCACUCAACGCCUCCACCACUGAACUCCUGCUGUCGGGCUUUGCCAGAGAAACUAAUAGUUCCCAAGGACUUACUGGCGCCACGCUGGGCUGGCAGGAGUGGCAGAGCACCAGAUGUCCACAGCCAGAUUACAGCCUGAGCCGCACCCAGUCAAUGGCAUGCCAACGGAGAUGCCACAUGUCUUAUAUACCAAGUUGGACACCAUGGACAAAGGACGAGUCGAUGCAGGACGAGUCGCCGCCGAACGCGGACGACUCGAACCAAGAAGUCAAGCCGGUCUUCACGAUCACUUCCAUAGAAAUGGACCAUUUGAAACAAACAUGCAACCUCACCUCGCUCGCAUUGGAAUAUUGUAACAUCGAUUGCAACAGACUCGGCCUGAGCCAUUUUCCGUCGACGCUCAAGAAGCUGUCGCUUCGUGGAACCAAAUGUUUCAACCAACGCGUGGACAAGACAUUCCUGUUUAGGAUAUCGGACUUCCUGCCGCACUUGGAGCACCUGGACGUGUCGGAGUGCCAGUGGAUGGAGCCGGUGUCGCUGAUGACGCUGAGCAAGAUGGCGCGGCUCGAGAGCCUGCACAUGCGCGACUGCCGCCGCCUCAGCGAGUUCGUCGCCUACGCCUCGCUGUCCAUGCGCUACGGCUUCCGGAAACUGAAGUCGCUGGACGUGCGCGGCUCGCCGCUCGGCAACUCGGAGGUGACGGCGCUCGGCUGGCUGCCCGCGCUGCAGCAGCUGCGCCUCGCCGCGCCCGCGGCCGCAGCAGCCUCGCCACCGGCCACCUCGUCGCCAGCGCCGCCGCUGCAGCCCUGGGAGAGACACGUACCUGAGUAUUUCAAGACUGGUAUGAAACUGUCAGAUUCGGAGACGGUGUCUGCACAAACGAAUGUUAGCACUAUGACAGAAAAUAAUAUAAAUGAGGAUUCUCAAAACAAAUCUGAUCAUUCAGACGAAGAGCGAGACAGACAGAAUAAAACAGAACGAGAAGCUUCCAAACGUAAGAACGAGAAAGGAGAUACUCAAGACCGGCCUGAGUCGUCCAAACGCCAAAAACGAGAUCCCAACACUAGUUCGUCGUCUAAAUAUACAAACUCGUCCGACUCUGAUUCAGACAAUGAUGACAAUGAUCAAAGUAAUUGUGUUCUUAUAAAGAAAUUCAAGCUAAAUGGAGUCAAUUUCAGCAAAGCCACCACGAUUAAACACAAUACAGAUUCGGAAAACGGCGAACAGCCAUCGACAUCAAACUGCCAGAAUGCAUCUACCGAUUCCAAGCCAAAGCUCGAAAGUUACGUACGUUUCCGUCAAAACGAAGCGCCUGUAUUUAUUAAUUGUCAACUAUUUAAUAAUGAAAAUAGAAAUGGAAAUGCAAAUUCUAACGUUAACAAUGAUAUUAGCAAUAAUGGAAAUAGUAAUGCAAACAGCAAUAGCAACAGUCAUGGAAACAACUCCAAUAAUGAAAUUAACAACGCUAGUAAUGAAAAUAGUGACAAUAAUAAUGAAAAUAUAAACGGUGAUAAUGAAAAUGCAAAUAAUGAAUAUAGAGAUUUUGAAAAUAGAAUCAACGAUGGCCCCCCGUAUAGGAUAGUGCAAUACAAUCCCCAAGAUCCAUUACACCGUAUACCAAGAGCCCAUAUAGUCUAUGUCAAUGUUAGAGAGCAACGCCACAAUGUAUGCCGUUUGACGAUACCAAACGAAGCGCCAAACGCCCACGAGCCUAGAUAUUGUGUGACCAGGUUACCUCCGACCAGGGAAUCUGAUCCGUCAACGUUAGUCACAGACAUUGCGGUGCAGCAUUUCGGGAGAGCUGAAGGGGAGGAUGUAAGUUACUUCAGGAUCGGACCGCCCGGUCCUGAACUAAUGGGGAGGCCCAAUGUGUCCAACCUUAGGGAACUAACAAUAAACGGAUACAGGAACAUAACGGAUCGGAGUUUGGUACAUCUAGCGACGGCGGCGCCGCAUUUGAGACGGAUAGAUUUCCGUGGUACAAGGGUAACGCAGAGAGGCGUGGACGAUUUUAAGAGCCUGCGUCCAGAUGUAGAAAUCGUGUUUAGUGAAUUUGUAGAGAAAGAAUAGGGAGCUCACGCAGUAUUUCGUGAAGGCAAUAUACUAUGUAGCAACGUAAACAGCAAAUAGUGAUUUGGAAGUCUACAGUAAGCACGGCUAAUAUCGGUACUGCUCUGAUAUCUAUAUACUGGGUUUCUGUGAACAUCGAUGUCGGAAAGGUCAGCACCCAUUACGAUAUCGCCCAAAUCAGUCGGAUAUCUCUAUUUAUUUCCAUCGGCUUUUUAAUUUUAAAUAAUUGAAUAACGGAUAUUUAAUAUAUCCGUUAUUCGGCUAAUACAUAGAUAUAGUACCUACAAUAUACACAUAUUGACUUUGAUGGCGGGAAAUAGUUUUUUUAUUAUUUUGCCAUCUAUCAAUAUGAACUAUGUUUCAGUUUAGUGCUGUAUCGUUUACGUUGUAACACAAUAGCGUCUUUAUCGAUUUAUAUGCCAGUGAGCCUCCUUACGAAUUAGUCGCAAUACGGAUUUAGCAUAAUGUGCGUAUCAAGCGUAUAUAGCAUGUAUCAAGCUUAGAUAAAAUACAUUUAGAUAGAGUUGUCGAGUGUCAAGUGCACACAGAAAAUGGUUUACGUGUUUUUUUUUUUUUUUUUAAAUAACAUUGCGCGCCAUUUCUGUGUUGCCAGCAAUGUUUCGCUUAUUUAUUGUUUUUAAUGUUAUUCUAAUAUAUGUAUAUGCAAUACAGGGUGAUAUCAAAAUCGUAAGCAUCCAUUUUAAGGAGUGUUCUGUAUAGGGGGAGGGGGGCUGUCUUUUUACCCACGGUUGCAAAUAAGCUUAGCAAAGAUGUGUCUAAGAGUAAAUAUGCCCCAUUUUCGUAAUGCCCAGUUCCCGACUCCCUGCUCCUGGAAAAUAAACUUAAAUACAUGGUGUUCUACCGGCGAAACUCAACAUUUUCACCAAAGGAACAUGGGCGAGAAUCAAUUUUUUAAUUGCCUCCCAUAUUGACGGCGCAUCCAGCAGUCCAGUUAGUAUUAUUAAAUUUUUUUUUAUAGUUGAGCGAUAUUGAAUUUUUUAUCUACGUUUCUGUCUUAAUAUAUACUAGCUGUAUCCCACGGUCUCGCCCGUGCUUGUAUCGUGAUAUUGUAAUUGCCCAUACCUUACUCAAGUAAUGAGUUAUUAAAUAAACCCAACCGAUUGUUCCACAGAUUGAGUGUUUAAAUAUAUAUAUAUAUAUAUAUAUAUAUAUAUAUAUAAUAGUAUGAGUAGAUUCUUAUUUGUACGUACUUCGACCUCACCCUGUAUAUAUAAAGAAUGAUACAAAUCCAUUUAUUCACAUAAGAAUAAAAAUAUAAAAGCCGGUCUGUUUUACGCAAAGCAUUUGUAGGGCGACACUCCAUCUAGAUGCCACUAACCUAGUGCAUAAUUUAUGCGAAUUUAUUUUAAAUAUGAAAUAUCAAACAUCGGACUGGAAAGAUCUCAGAUUAAUGCUAAUGUUAAGGUAGAACUAAACGCAAAAUGGCGGACAUAGACCGCCAUUUUGUUUCAAUAAAUAAGAUUGUACUAUUAUUAUAAUUGCAAUUAUUUUGAAUUUAGAAUGUAAUAAUUAUAUUAUAAAUUAAUUGGUUUAAAGAUAUAUGAUUAUAAUAAAAUUUUGAUAUAGUAAUUU